GCGACUAAUCCAAGGCUAUCUACAGUUUCUGUAACUUAAUACUAACUGUCGUCUCGGAGACUCGACUGGGGGGAGACAUUCGCCCUUCGCUAACGCGCGGAUUCCGCCAAACUACCACCGAAGAAGCGCGUGCUGCCCUUCUUCGGCGCUUCUCUCUCGCUCGCGCUGUGUGUUCAAUGUUUGAGCGCGACCAAGCACCCAUAGCGGCUGCACUUUGAAUAUAUAGCUAUCAAUAAACCAAUGACUGUGGCUCUCCAUGGAGUCCUCUUCGGUGUACAUGUGUUUUCCCUGUUAUCGGGAGUUUCCCACACUAGAGGAAGUGCUUGCACAUCAGAUGACCUGCACUGCAGAGAAUCCACAACUCCUGCCCAAUGAGACACCUAUCGAGGCUGCAGCCGCCGCCGCCGGUCUGCAACAGGUGGCGAUGCAGGCUAUGUCAGUUCCCCAGAUACAGACUCAGACAGCUGUUGAUCUGUCAUCUCUGCUAGAACAGAAGAAAACUUUUCAGGCGGAUGCUCCACGUGUUCUGUACCAGUGUGCUGACUGUGAGGUUCUCUUUGAUGCUCUGUCACUGUGGCAGCAGCACCGCAAAAUGGGCUGUUGCCUUGAGAUGGAACCAGGACCGGGACCUGGACCUGGAGAAGAGCAGAGUGGCGAAAGUGUUGCAACAGCAGCCCAACCGCUUCCUACCCAGCCAGAAUAUCAGGACUCUGAGCAGGCACAGAAUGCACACGAACAGAUGGAGGUGAGUGAAGAGGGAAGGCAAGCUCAAAUAAAGAUGGGAAGUACUAGUCAGGGAUUUGUGGCAGUUGGAGAGGUUUCUGAAAGCAUAGCGGCACCUAAGGCCGUACAGAGAAACCGUGUCCCCAAAGAACCGCCGGAGACUUCAGUCUCCCAGGAAACUGUGCCCGUGGAGUCUUCAGCUGAAGAAAACAGUCCUGCCACAAGGCGCAGAGGGCAAAAAAAAGCUAAGCCCCCCUCCAGCCUGCUCUGCGUGGAGUGUGGGCAAAGCUUCAGCCUGGUUCCAGAACUUGUGACUCACCGUAAGAAUCAGCACGGCUUGAAGGAUGCCAUACACCGCUGCACGGUUUGUGGAGAGGGCUUCCUCAACACCACUCUUUUCCUCUAUCACCGAAAGCAGCACCGCUCAGAGGUGGAGGACAAGCACAAGCAGGCUCAACCUGCCAUUCCUCAGCUCUCCACAGCCAUGCUGGAGGCCCCAGGUGAGGGACUCUUGCUUUUAGCCACAGCCGGAGAAGGCCAGAGCCUAAUGGAGGUGACCACUCUGGAACAAACCAUAACUGAGACCCCUGUAGCACAUGUGGAGGUUGAGCUGGACAAUGAUGGGAUGAGAGAAUCCGAGGCUCUCCAGACUGAGCAGGAACCUGCUGUGGAAGGCACAGAGAUUUUGGUGGAGAAGAUUGUGGAGAUGGUGGAGGAGAGGAAUGAAGCAAACCAGGAAGAAGGCAUGGAAGUGGUCGUUGAUAAGAUGCAAGAAGACUUGGAGAUGGAAAAGAGCGCUGUGGUUGAGGAGAUCCAAGGAGAGGUGGAAAGCAGCGCAGACAAGGAAUCUGAGAACGCUCCCUCUUUGAGCAAAGAAGGACAGAAUUUUCUCUGCCAUCAGUGCGGAUCUGUUUUCACUAGUGACCAGGAGUUGGCAGAGCACCGCAGAACCGAACACGGUCUGGAGGCGGCGUUGCACACCUGCACAGAGUGCGGGGCUGAGUUCAUGAGCACCACACAGUUCCUGUACCAUCGCCGGGAGCAUAAGAACGCAGCUGCGGGAGAUCCAUCUGCUGGUGAAGUGAAAGGCAGGCUGUACACUACUGCAGCUCCAGCUGUUGUGAAACAUGGAGACAACAUGAACCUCGGACAACCAGCAGCAGCAGCAGCAGCAGACGGCGCCAUUGAGGCUCCCGCCAAGCUGAGCCGCGACUGGUCACGCACUGCCCUGCCUCACGAGUGCCCACAUUGUGGGCAGGGCUUUACACGGCGCAGCCGUCUGCGUGAGCAUGUGUUCCAGCACACAGGUGAGAAACUCUUCAACUGCAAAAUUUGCAAAAAGAGCUUCCCGUCUCCGUCCAACCUGCUACGUCACAACCUGACCCACGGAGGAUCCCGCAUAUUCAACUGUCCCCUCUGUGACAAGCGCUUCUUCCAGCCGACGUCACUCAAACGCCACAUGCUGAUUCACCAGGAAGGUGAAAGCCAGGAACGCAAGAUCAGAGGCAGAGGAAAAGGCAAGGGACAAUCAAGCGAUGGGCGUCUGCACAUCUGCCCAGAGUGCCCAGCGAGCUUCAAGUUUGAGUCCCAACUGAAGAGUCACAGACUCCUACACACCAGCCAUCCCUUCCCUUGCAAUGUGUGCGGGGAGGCAUUUAUACGACGCAAAGAGCUGGACCUCCACUCUCUCAUCCACCAAGAUAAAGAACCAAAGACUUGUCCUAACUGCGGCUCUCAGUUCCUGAAUCAGACAGUGCUGGACACACACCUGCAGCGCUGCACAGGAGAGGACACGGGCCGCCGUAGAUAUAAAGGUCAGGGAAGAGGCAAGGUGGGAGGUCAGCUGGAGUGUGAUAUGUGCGGCCACCGCUGCGUGACUCAGGAUGGUCUUGACCUGCAUCGCCUCUCCCACACGGGUCAGACGCCCCUGCGGUGCCCACUCACCCCCUGCAGACGCCGCUUUGCCUCCAGCGCUGCUCUAGGGGAGCAUCUCGUGGCCCACUGCUGUGGAGCGUUAGGCAAAAGAAACGCCCCACGCCGAUUCACCUGCGAGUUCUGCGGGAAGGAGUUUGCCUACGCGUCCACCUUCACCGUUCACAUGAGGACACACACCAACGAGAGACCCUUUGAGUGCUCUCAUUGCGGGAAGCGUUUCCGGCAGCUUCCACACCUGCAGGAUCACGAGCGCAUUCAUAGCGGCGAGCGUCCGUUCACGUGCUGGGUGUGCGGUAAAAGCUUCAGCGUAGCAGCGAGGUUAACGGAGCACGCCCGUGUGCAUAGCGGUGAGCGGCCGUACAUCUGCCCUCGGUGUCCCACCGCCUUCCGCUCACGACCCAACCUCGACAAACACAUGCGUCUGCACGCCAACGACCCCAUGGAUCCUUCCGCACAGAACGCAGAUGAUGACGCAGCGGUGCAGACCAUCCUCUUAGUACAGGAGUCUGCUUCAUCUUCACCAUCCUCCUCCUCAUCCGCCAUGCCUGUGGUCCAGGAGGGCAUGCUGGUGGCAGAGGAAGGCAGCUCCUCUGUGGUCUUCCUGCACCCCAACCUUACCAUGCCCACCAUCACUAUGCCAACUAUCACAGUUCCCUCUAUAAAUGUAGUGGCGGGUCAGGAUGUGCCUCACACUAUUGAGGUUAUCUUAGAGGAGACUGUGUAAAAACAUAAUCAGAUGAAUUCAAAGGGGACAAGGGGUGGGGGGUGAACAUGAAGAAUUUUUUUUUUUUUUUUUGAAAGAGAAAGGCAGAUUCAACAAUAGUUCAGGACUUAACAAAAGUUUAUGUGUGGAUUUCUGAGAGAUGCCUCGUUAAUUAGGCUUUUGCAAUAUAGAAAUACAACAACUCAGCAUCUUUCCCUGGAGAAAGUGAAAUCACAAAGGUUUUUGCAUAUGAAUGGCAAUUGUAAUUACACGUUGAUUUUAUCUUAUGGUUUGAGUGUUUUAUCUGCCUUUAAUACAAAAAAUGGACCAUAAUUUGUGGUGUUUAAUUUUAAUAAAAAGCUUGAGCGUGUUGGGGUCUGUUACCGUUUCAUUUAAAGAGAUUUUGACUUUAGCAAACUGGAAUGAAGUCGCUGAUGAAGUAGAAAUGUUCUUGUCAACUCACUGAUGACUGCACAUGAAGCUUUGGCCAGUCAGGGAAAAUAAUUUUUGC